AGGCUGCAUGCCAACGAUUAUGUUUGCUACCUUCACCCUCCAUAUAUGCUUGAUAGAGUUUGAUAGCCCAGUAAUGAUCGUGGUAUGCAUUGAUCAAGACUACAAUUAUGUCCUCCUCGCCCUCAAGCGCAAGGCACAGGCUGUUGACCCCUACUCCUUCGGCCCCUUCAAUCGUCUUAUCCGCUUCUCGUCCGUGGUUGAUCCACAAUGGCGAACAAUAUCACUAUAUGGCCCCCAGACACAUUCUGUUUCCUUGCUCGACAGGCCUUCCAGGCUGAUGAAUUCUACUGCUCGUCGCCGGACAAUUUUACUGUGACGCAGAACAUGCUUAAUUUUCUCAAUUUAACAUCGGAUGCUGGUCUUUAUCGUCAGGCUUACUGCGUGAAUCCUGCGUCGGACGAUUCAUGCCCAUUUGGAUAUUGUCCGAAUGGUGAUAUCGCUGGACCAUUGGUGCGAAUAGCAUCGUACAUCACGAACCUUUGUCUAUCUAUCCUGAUCUUCUACUCUCCGAAAUCCGCAGAAGACGCAUUCUGGUCCCAAGUGCUAUCGAUUUACUCGCUACUUAUCACCUGCGUGGUGUCUAUCUUUCAAACAUCCCUUACUCGGUUCCAUGCUGCAAUCGCGACAGUCAUUACAGGCUCGCCACUGAGCUUCUACCUUUUCAUAUACUGCGUAGCAUCUUUCUGGUACAAGAAGCAUCGACUCAAUGGUAUAGUCGGUGAAGGGCAUCUGGCUGCCCGGUCCCUCAUCCUUAUAGCAGGCGUCGUAUGGGUUUGCCUACUGGUUUACAUCCUUGUCCCAACGCACUUCUCGGAUUUUAGCCAGGAGUCAUGCGAGACACAAUUAAUCCCGCUCGCUAACUACCUCUAUGUCUUUCCCUUCCGGGUACUUCCCUUUCUACGUACCGAAGUGCCUUCAUUGCUCGUAUUGGUUGUUGGCUUCUUAUCCCUCACAGUCAUCUCUUGGAUCGUUGCUAUCCUCCUCCAACGGAAAACAAUCUGGCCUCCUGGGGAAAAGUGGUCGCCUCAUUUUGGCCGCACGUGGUCUGUGAUCGGGAGGAAUUAUUCUUUCCUCCACUUCGUAUCCAUCGUGGUCAUACCAACCGCCUAUUGGAUUUCUGUUGUUGAGAUUGGAUGCGGUGUAGCUCUUAACGAUCUAGAGUUCUCACUUUCAUUCGGUCAGGUCAUGGCGAUGUUUGUUGCGCUUCCCCCUCUACUGUCGACACUACGACUCUACAAAGUGUUCUUCAAUUGGCUCAAGGACCUGGCCUGGGUCCGACGCCUAUCUGGCCGACCUCGGAAGCGUUCACUCGAGGAUCACACCGCACUGAGUGGCGCUGCUGCUCCCACAGGCCGACACGAUGAUGGAGAUGAUGAUUGGAAGAGCGAAUUGGAGACGAACGACUAUGCUUCUCCCCCCAAGUUGCUAGUGCAUGAACCCUCGUACGAUUAUUCGAGGGUUGCUAAAGACGGAUAUUGAAUGCGAAUGUCUGUCUCCUUGCUCAGGCGCAAAUCUGGUGCUAGUGUUCAUUAGUCCGCUCAGCUAAAAGAAGUGUGAUAUUUGGAAGUCACAAUUGUAAAAUUUGCAUGAUUAAUGUGAUAGCACUCAAUCUAUCUUUUGACUAGGACGACAAGAACGUUUUACAUCGAGGGGCGGCGGUUGAUCAAAAUCCUUUCUCAUGGCAUUCUGUAACAUCCCUACGGUCUGGAAAAUCACUAAUUUGCCAAGCCCAUACAAUGUAUGGCGCAUCAUAAUCGCUUUUGACGAUCUCAGUCCAGCACGCUAGUUUAUUCCCGCAAAG